CUGGAUACAUUGUAACACCGGCUGAUAUUUCAUAACUCAUUAUGAUGGAGGGGGACGUUUGCGGAUCUAAAACAUCUUAGCGCAGCAGAUCGGACACGGAAGGGAUCAAACUACAUCCAGACGAUAUUUCGACAGUAAUGGAAAAAUGUUGGCACGUCGGUGAUUGUUUGAUCAAUUAAAUUGAUUCGGUUCUUGCGGAGGAGCGAUUGUCAUACUGUAAACAAAACAAGCAGACAAGCAAUAUCCUCCGCGGUGUUUUGUAGUUGUAUGGGGUUCAUUUUAAUCAGCGAGAGUUUAUAGGCGUAUAAAGGAGGAAACAUUGAGGAUGGCAGGCCCCGAGCACCCGCAACAGCAGGUUGAAGAGAAAGCCGAACAGAUAGAUGACGCCGAACUGGCAUUUCAGGGCAUUCAUAUGCUGCUCAACAAUGGCUUCAAAGAAAGCGACGAGCUCUUUAAGAGAUACAGGACUCAUAGCCCGCUAAUGAGCUUUGGGGCCAGUUUCGUCAGCUUCUUGAAUGCCAUGAUGACAUUCGAGGAGGAGAAAAUGCAGAUGGCCUGCGAUGACCUGAGGACUACUGAGAAACUUUGUGAGAGUGACAACACCGGCGUCAUCGAGACCAUCCGUAACAAAAUCAAGAAGAGUAUGGACUCCCAGAGAUCAGGGGUGGAGGUUUUGGAUCGCAUGCAGAGGCAAAUCAUUGUGGCAGACUGCCAGAUCUAUCUCGCCGUGCUGUAUUUUGUCAAACAGGAACUCUCAGCUUACAUCAAAGGGGGCUGGAUCCUCCGCAAGGCCUGGAAAAUGUACAACAAAUGCUACAGUGACAUCAGCCAACUGCAGGAAGCCUGUAGCAGACGGUCCUCAGACCAGGAGGGGGCACUGGCCUCCGAUAAAGCCAACCACAACACAUCUUCAACAGAAAGUGGCGGCAGAGUAACAGAAGAGGUUCUGGAUCGUCUCAAGGGUUCUGUCAGCUUCGGUUAUGGUCUUUUUCACCUGUGUAUUUCAAUGGUACCUCCACACCUGCUCAAGAUCGUAAACCUGUUGGGUUUUCCUGGAGAUCGCCACCAAGGUCUUGCGUCCUUAGCCUAUGCUAGUGAGAGCAAAGAUAUGAAAGCGCCACUGGCCACUUUGGCCCUCUUGUGGUAUCACACAGUGGUGCAGCCCUUCUUUGCCCUGGAUGGCUCUGACUCUCACGCUGGACUGCUGGAGGCCAAAGCCAUUCUGCAGAAGAAAGCAAUGGUUUACCCAAACUCCUCUCUCUUCAUCUUCUUCAAGGGACGAGUACAGAGAUUAGAGUGCCAAAUCAACAGUGCACUGGCGUCAUUCCAGGAUGCUCUGGAGUUCGCCUCAGACCAAAGAGAGAUUCAACACGUGUGCCUCUAUGAAAUCGGUUGGUGCAGCAUGAUCGAGAUGAACUUUGAAGAUGCCUUCAGGUCUUUUGAACGACUGAAGAAUGAAUCCCGAUGGUCUCAGUGCUACUAUGCUUACCUCACUGGAGUAUGUCAGGGAGCCUCUGGUGAUCUUGAGGGAGCCAAGACCGUUUUCCAAGAUGUUCAGAAGCUUUUUAAGCGCAAGAACAAUCAAAUCGAGCAGUUUGCUCUCAAAAGGGCAGAGAGACUGAGAAAAAUGUCCCUUACACGAGAGCUGUGCAUUUUGGGUGUUGUUGAGGUGCUGUACUUAUGGAAAGCUCUUCCAAAUUGCUCUUCCUCCAAACUCCAGCUUAUGAACCAAGUUCUACAAGGGCUGGAUGACCAGUCAAGUCUGGGCCUAAAGCAUCUGCUGCUUGGUGCUAUUCAGAAAUGUCUUGGAAAUAUUGUAGAUGCCAUCCAGUCAUUUCAGUUGGCAGCACAGGAUGAAUAUGGCCAUCUGAAGAACAGCUAUGUUCAGCCCUAUUCCUGCUAUGAGAUGGGCUGCGUGUUACUGGCCAAACCUGAGACUCUGAGUAAAGGAAGAUCAUUACUGCUUCAGGCUAAGGAGAACUACUCUGGGUACGACUUUGAGAAUCGAUUGCACGUCCGUAUCCAUUCUGCCCUUGCCUCCAUAAAGGAAGUGGUCCCACACUGACCCUGUCCAACCGAAAGUGCACUGUACAUUAACCACUCCUGUCCAGCACUUUUUACAAUGAAAGCCAUUUGAAGUUAUCAUGCUUUUCUGGAGGAGAAAUGUAAAGUUCUGAGAAUGAGGAUGAGUUCACAAAUUAUUUGUUUCAACAUUGCAUUUAGUCUAGUAUCAGAAAUGGUUCACGAAUAUCUGUUGGUUAUUAUAACAUGUAGCUGUUGGUCCAUCCCAAUGAUAUCUCAUUUUCACUUUCACAUUUACACCCUACACAGUAGAGGUACAUUGUCUGUGUGUGUUUGGGAUUGUUCUGAAUGCAGAAGGUAUUUAUUGUUACAUGUGGAAUAUAGAAAUGUUGAGGCAAACUAUCAAAAUAAAACGCAAUAUAAAUAUACUGUAUUGAAUAGACAAAUGGGUUAGAUCCAUUACCAUAGCUUGCCCUAUGAUACACAGUACAUUAGCAUGGGAUAGAAGUCAAUAUUAGACAACACAAGAUAACACAUAAAAUUAUAAAAAAUAUAUUAUGUAACCCUUUAGCUCAAGUUAAUAGUAUCCAAAUGUAUAUCUGUAUGUCAAAUCCAGAUUGUAUGCUCCAUAGUGAUGUCUAAUCAAGUGGUUGACUGAAAUGGGUUUUGCAAAUUGCAGAUACUGAUAUCUAGGGAAUUGGUAGGCAGUUAUAAUACUACUGAUAUACAUAUGAAACAGUUUGAUGAUAGCAAAUGACACAUACACAAUCAUCGGCCAAUUCUGAUAAUAUUGAAAUGAUCAAAUAUCGGCCUGGCCAAUACUUUUCAAAUACCGAUAUCUAGGGAGUUGGGUGACCAAUAGCAAUUAUUAUACUGAUAUAUGGAACAGUUUGAUGAUAGCAGAUGACACAUAUAGUUAUUGGUCUAUUCCAAUAAUCUUGAAAUGCCCAAAUAUUGGCCUGGCCAAUCAAUUUUAGAUAUCCGAUAUCUAGAGAGGUGGGUGGUCAGUGGCAGUUACAAUCAGGGUUGGGGAGUAACGAAAUACAUGUAACGGGAUUACGUAUUUAAAAUGCAAAAUAUAUGCAACUGUAUUCCACUACAGUUACAAUUUAAAUAAUUGGUAUUUAGAAUACAGUUACAUUCAAAAAGUAUUUUGAUUACUGAUGAGAUUACUUUGCAUUUUAUUGUCAUUUGGUUUAUUUAAUAUUUAGUCCUUUCAGAUGGAAAACAUUUAUACAUAUAAGUGAUGUGAUCCAAAGUGCAUUUGAACAGCGGUCAAACACUUUCUAUGAUGUGUUACACUCAUAUGAGCAGACAGAGAAGUACGUUUGAAGUGAGUUUGGAGCACAAGAAAUAGAAAUAAACCUUGUGUAAAUUGUCAGCUUUACGCUAAGCUAAAAUGCUAUUUCUAACCAUUUUACAUGCACGUUACCUUAAUAAUUCCGAUAAUCUCAAACACCAAAUAUCGGCCUGGCCAAUACAUUUUCGAUAUCCGAUACCUAGAGAGGUGGGUGGCCGAUGCAGUAAUAAAUUGAUAUAUGUAACAGUUUGAUGCUAGCAAAUGACAAACGCCAUUAUCAGCCAAUUUCGAUAACCUCGAAGACCAAAUAUCGGCCUGGCCGAAUAAUCUAGUCUAGUGAUAGACCUUUGAAGUGUACGGCUAACACACUAUUGUAAGUUUAUACCAAUUGCAUUCAAGUUUGGCUGUGUUCAUUGUAUGCAUGUAAUGCAUAUGUUGCUAAUGUCUGUCGUAACCCUAGACUACAUCUCCCAUCAUGAUCGUUAGCCCUAAAGUAUGUCAGGGGGCCUUUGGUGAUUUUAAAUGUGCAAGAUUUUAUGACAGGAAUAGGAAAAUCAUGACUAAUUGCAUCUCAUCUGAAAUGUUGUAUUUUAAGUUGGAGUGUAGCAGCAUCUACUUUGCCAUACCCUUCGUUGCCAUGUUCUCUGCUGCUCAGCAACUUGUGACAGCAAGAUAUAUUUUCUGAAGUGAUAAACCAUGCACAAUUACCCAAUGCACUUUCUCUGGGCCAGAGGAAGUCUUUUCGUUUAUAUAUUUUUGUCUUGUUAUUUUUGAUGAGCCAUAAGUUGUAAUUGUUUUUGUGCUAGAUGUUUUCUGUAAUUAUGUUGAUGGCCCAAAUUUAGACUUUUAACAGUGCAUCAGUAUCUCCUUUUCAUAAUUUUGCCUCUGAAUAAACAGAAUUGAUUUGAGUCUGUGUACAUAUUGUGAAAUUGUUGUGAAACUUGCACUUCCUUAUUUUCUUGGCCCAGUAGAUGUAAAAUGUUGGUCCCUCCUGUGUGGUUUGUUCACUAAACUGUAUAUGACUCUCUAUCGACAAGCCCUUCUGGUGUCUUCUACAAACGAGGCUUGAUUGAAACUCAAAACAUGUUUUCACUGUGAAAUGUGUCAGUAUUGGAUGUUCAGGGUUUUGAAAAUUUCAAUAAUAAAAUAACAAUGAAACUUA